AUGGAACGUAUCAAAAAGUUUUUUGAUACUGACGCUCCGGUUACGGAAAAGGAGUUGAUAACCGUAACCGACGAUAAUUUGGGCGCGCCAGUAGUAGACUCAUCUGAAGAUAACUCCCAAGAUGAUGAAAAGAAGUUUGGUCUUAAGGCGGUCAUUUCACCAGUGAGAUCAGAUGAUUUCUUGGCAAACCAAUUAUCAAAGGAAAUUGUCGAAGAUGAGUAUGCUGGUAUUGUUGUCGAGGAUGAUUCUCCUUACCCCGAAGUUAGAGCCUCUGUGCCAUCCACUGAUGACCCUACCAUCCCACAAAACACUGUUAGAGUUUGGGUUAUUGGUAUGGUUAUGGCAACAAUAGGUUCCGCCUUGAAUAUGCUUUUCUCUUUACACGCUCCAUCCAUUACGUUGAGUUCCUUUAUCACGGGUAUCAUUGCUUGGCCUGUUGGUAAAGCCUGGGAAAAAUAUGUUCCAAAUGUUAGAAUGUUCGGUCGUUAUGGUGGUCCAUACUUGAACCCUUGUCCUUUUGGUUUGAAAGAGCACACCUUAAUCCAAGUUAUGUCCGAUGUUUCUUUCGGUGGUGGUGCAGCUUACGCUACAGAUAUCUUCUUGGCAAUGAACAAUUAUUUCGGUAAGGAUUUCGGCUGGGGCUUUGAAAUCGUUGCCAUUCUAGCUACUCAAUGUAUCGGGUUCUCAUUGGCUGGUUUGGUUAGAGAGAUCUUAGUCACUCCACCAGAGAUGAUCUGGCCAGGUAAUUUGGUUACUACCACUUUCUUGACAAACCUUCACGUUAACGAAAACCACGUUGCUAAUGGUUGGAAGAUAUCUAGAUUAAAGUUCUUCUUCAUUGUUUUCAUGGCUGGUUUCGUUUACUACUGGUUGCCAGGUUUCUUAUUCCAAGCUCUUUCCUACUUUGCUUGGAUUACUUGGAUUAAGCCAAACGAUGUCAUUGUCAAUCAAGUCUUUGGUGCAUCUACUGGUUUAGGUUUGUUCCCAUUGACUUUCGACUGGAACCAAAUCGCAGGUUACGUUGGUUCUCCAUUGGUUCCUCCAAUCGGUACCAUUGUCUCUAUUUUGAUUUCAAUGGUCUUUGUCUUCUGGAUUGCUGUCCCUGCCGUCCAUUAUUCCAACGUCUGGUACGGUAAAUACCUUCCAAUCUCAGAUUCUGGUUCAUAUGACAGAUUCCAAGCACCUUACAACGUUUCUAAGAUUGUGACAUCGAAUCUAUCCUUUGACAAGAAAGCAUACAAGGAAUAUUCCCCAUUGUAUUUGCCAACAACAUUUGCCAUCUCUUAUGGUAUGUCUUUCGCCAGUAACGCAGCUACUAUCGUGCACACUUUCUUAUUCCACGGUAAGGAAGUCAAGAACGCCUUUAAAACUUUGGACAAAAGGGAACAGGAUGUUCAUAACAGAUUAAUGAAGGAGUACAAAGAGAUUCCUUGGACUUGGUACUUUGCAGUCUUCUUGGUCUUCUUCGGUCUUUCUAUUGCUUGUGUCAGAGGAUGGGAGACUGAGAUGCCUGUCUGGGCUUUGGUUUUCGCUUUGAUUAUCGCUUUCGUGUUCUUGGUUCCAAUCGGUAUUAUUGCGGCCAUUACCAAUAUGGCUGUUGGUCUAAACGUUAUCACAGAGUUUAUCAUUGGUUAUAUCCUACCAGGUAGACCAAUUGCCAUGAUGUUUUUCAAGACCUUUGGUUACAUUACCAACGCUCAAGCCAUUACAUAUGCCAGUGAUAUGAAGUUGGGUCAUUACAUGAAGAUUGCUCCACGUAUGAUGUUCAGUGCGCAAUUCAUUGCUACGAUGUGGAGUUGUAUUGUUCAAGUCGCUGUUUUGAAGUGGGCCCAAGGAAACAUUUCUGAAAUGUGUUCCAAGCACCAAAAGUCUCAUUUCACUUGUCCUGGUGCUCGUGUCUUCUUCAAUGCCGCCAUUAUCUGGGGUGUCAUUGGCCCACAAAGAAUGUUCAGUGCCGGUCAAUUGUACAACAAAGUCUUGUACUUCUUCUUGAUUGGUGCUUUGACUCCAUUGGCCAACUGGUUGAUCUUGAAGAAGUGGCCAAACUCUCCAGUCAAGUACUUGCACUGGCCAGUUUUCUUCUCUGGUACCGGUUCUAUUCCACCAGCCACACCAUACAACUACGGUGCGUUCUGUAUGGUUGGUAUCGCCUUUGGUUACUUCAUUAAAAAGAAGUGGUUCCACUGGUGGUCCAAGUAUAACUACUCCUUAUCUGCUGCUUUAGAUAUCGGGUUGGCUUGGAGUUCUUUGAUCAUCUUCUUCUCUUUGCAGUUGACUAAUAAGAAUGCACCAUCCUGGUGGGGUAACAAUGUUAUCAACACUGUUGAAUACAAUGGUGAGGCCAUUCAAAAGAUUCUCCCAGAGGGAGAAUCUUUCGGUAGAACCAGCUGGUGA